GUGAGCCCUAAGAUGGCGGCGCUCCGGCGUGAGGCUGGAGCUGACCCUGGAGGUAAAGGUGUGGUGCCAGUGGGAGCUGGAGAAGCGCCUGAGCUCUGAAAGCAAGAACUGCAAAGGGCCUGGCUACCUUUGGGGAAAUCUAUAAGAAAAACAAAAGUAUUUCAGGCAUCAAGAUGGCAACAUACACACGUGGUCAGCCCAGCCUUUCUCUAAGAGAUGGAAACCUCAAAUCAAUGGUCAUCGAAAUCAUAGAAAAAAAAUUUGAGUAUCUUAGAAAAGAAAACCCUUUAAAUAUACAUGGAACAGCGAUUAUUGGAACAACAGCUAGUUUCUCUGGACUGUUGGCAAACUUCAUUUUCAGACACUGCUUCAAGGUUAACCAGGAUGCUUUGAAGACAUAUGCAUCAUUGACUACACUUCCAUUUUUGUCUACUGUAGUUGCUUAUAAGCUCCUUGUCACAGAUGCUUUGUAUUCAGGUAAUAUAAGCCAGGAAAAUUGUGUCCUGAGAAGUUCACUGGUUGGCAUAGUAUGUGGUGUUUUAUAUCCCACUGGUUUGGCUUUUUUAAAAAAUGGACGUCUGGCAGUAAAGUAUCAUACCGUUCCACUGCCACCGAGAGGAAGAGCCUUACUUUAUUGGGUGAUGCUUUGUCAAACAGAGGUAAAAGGAAUGCUAAUUCCUCUAGCCUUUCAGAUGGUCUUUGGAAUACAUAAUGGCAUAAAACAUUAUGCAAUAUUUGAAAGUACAUUUGAGAAAACUACAUGAAGAUUGACCAAAGAAUGAAUGGAUUUUUUAUGAUAAGGACUCAGGUCUUGCUGAAAAAGUUCAAAGUAACUCUGAACAAUUUGUUUCUAUUCUUUUUUGCCCUAGUAUAUAGCAGGUUCUCAGUGAAUAUUCAAUAAUUCAAUAAAUCAAUGUAAGUUUUGUCUUCCUCGGUGCAUGUGUAAAUAGGCUUGAGUCCUCAAGUUCUGAUCUAUACAUUUAUAUGUUCAUUCAUUCAUCAGACAUUUAUUGAGCAGCUGCUGCAUCUCAGGCACUGUGUUACAUGUAACAAUAAGUCUUUACCCAGAAGGAACUCACAGAAGAGAAAUUUAAAAUGUGAACACAAAGCAUGAGAGGGUUUGAGAGGUAUACACAUAAUUCUGUGGGAACAUUUAGGAUGUGGCCAUUAACUACUUGGGCAGAAGGGAAAGCUAUAGGGAAAAAGUGACAUUUGACUUCAUUUUGAAGAAGUUGAAAGUUCAUAAGAAAGCAAAAAACAGAAAUAGCUUAUGGCCCAUUCCUCUAAACUCUGAUUCUGUAUACGUACUAGCUUAUUAUUGUUAGCAAAUUAUUUUUACUAUGUUGUUUAAAGAACAUAAAUUGAGUGCCUAUUUGCUGUGCAUUGAGAUAGGUACCAGGAGUACAAAGAUUCAGUCCCUGCCCUCAACAAGCUUGAAGUCUAAAGAAAAACAUCACAGCCUGCUUCUUCAUAUCUGCUAGAGUAUUCAUCUCAGUUUAGGAAUGAACACUAAUGAAAAGAAUAAAACACAGAAUGAAAUUCCACAUCUCUUUCUCCUUGUAUUAACCAUGUAGUGAGAUUAAAUAUUUGGCCAUCUGAGGGCCCAAGCAACACAAAGCAGAAAUGGAAGUUUUGAGAAGGUACUUAUAGCAUCAUAUACAGCAAGCUAAAAUACAUGCACUUUCUUGCUAAUGAAAAAAAAAAGGUUAGUCAUCCAUCUUUCUGUUCUCAGAAUAAUUUAUGAUACUUGAAACUCUAAGGAAAGAGCAAGUGAUUGGGGUGGGGCAGGGGGCAUCAAGCCAAAUAGAAAACUAAACCAAUGAUACUCAUAUUUUAAUUCUUAAAAAAUUAUGAGUACAUGAAUGCUUUCUCAUUGUGAGAUAUUCAAAUGAUCCUCAAGUAUAUAUAUAGGGUGGGCCAAAAGUAGGUUUACAGUUGUGAGUACAUGAAACACAGAGAAUACUUGUAUUAUUAUUUAUUAUUAUUUUUCAUGUGAACAACUGUUAACCUACUUUUGCUCCACCCUUUAUAUAUAUUUGCUAUACAGAACAAGACUUGAAAAGUCCUCCUGCUCUCCCAGUCAAUCCUAUUUCUACUCAGUUCUCUGGAGGUAGCCAUUAUAAAGUUAAUGCCUCUUUCCUUGCAAUAUUCUUUUGUAAUUUACAUAUUUUAAAAUAAAUUGUAUUAUCCAUACAUACUAUGCUGAAAAUUUUUACUUGACUGUAUGUCUUAGAGAUCUUUCCAACUCAUUACACAUAGGUCCAACACAUUCUUUUUAGUGGCAGUACAUUUUUGAAUAGUCCAGUGUUCACAUAGGUGAUUCUUCCAACCCCUGGUCUCUCUACCUUACCACUUAUUCCGAUGGUCAUACUUUAGACCCAUCCACCUGAUAUAAUAGUCUGUAGCAUUUGAGAUGUGAAUAGUCUAAAUUGAAAUGUGUUACAAGUGUAAACCACAACAAGUUUUGGAGAUUUACUAUGUAAAAGAGAAUGUAAAAUAUCAUGAAUAAUUAAUCUAUGGAUUAGUUGUUGAAAGGUUAGUUAUUUAUAUUAGAUUAAAUAAAACACAUUCAUUUUACUUCUUUUUAUAAUGUGUCUACUAG